AUGGCUGCAUCUAACCCGCCUCCGGCGUCUCCGGGCAUGUUUGUGGUCAGCCUGUACCAGGGCGACUCGCUCGCGUUCUCGCCUGCCACGCCGCCCGAGGUCAUGGACCACAUCGUGAAAGUCUUUGUCGAUGCCGGGCGACUGCUGCAGCGCGAUCUGUUCACCAAGAAGGCCGGGAUGACCACCGCCCUCAGGACGGUCGCUAAGUUCAAGGGCUACAUGAACGUGAACACCAAAGGCUUGGUCUGGACCCUGCUCAUCGAUACCAUGACUGCCCUCGGCUACGCCUACCUCACUCUUGGCAACUACUCGGAGCUCAUCUGCUGGCCACGCGGAGCGCUCGACCCUCCGCCGCCGGUCGGAGAGCUCUUUGUGCUCACCUUUGGCUCGGAUGAGCUGUAUCUCUCCGGCCGCGGGCCGAUUGCACCAAUCACCGCCCUCGCCGCCUCGUUUGUGGGGAUCUCUGAGCUGUACAAGGCCCAGAAGGCGCCGCGCUUCCAUCGGACGCUCGACAAGCACGGCAUCGUGGCCAAGGCAGGCAAGGACGGCAUGCCCGUCUAUGAGCGCUGGCGGGUCAAGUUCAAGGGCUACCCCAUGCAGUCUUUGACUGCUGCCGCGGACGUCUUUACUGCCGCCGCUGCUGUCGGCCUCAUGAUAGAGACUCCGCUCACGGAGCGGACCUUUCUCGUGCGCUACAACCCGGAUGCAGCGAGGGAGAUGCCCUACAUGGCCAUCUCGCUCACCGCAGAUACCGUCAGAUUCUCUGCCAGCACACCCGAUGAGUUUCACCCGAUCUUUGCCGGCAUUAUCGCCGAGUCGGCCGACAUUGUCGGCUACACGCCCGAGUCGGUGGUCAACUUUGACCCGGGGCACGCCGCGCGUCUGGCUGAGACCCCGCCGCUGGCUGUCAAGCGCGAAGCUCACGCAAGCAGCAAGUGGGGCCGCGAGGACAAGCUCGUCUUCCGCGGCUAUCCGCUCAGCUGGACCAACCACAUGCUGAUGUCGAGCCUCCCGCACAUUUGGCAGCUGCUGCAGGAGCGCUGGUCACUUGGUGUCAUUGUCGGCUCGCUUGUUGCCAACACCGCAACGCUGUUUGUGCCAGCGGUUCCGAGCGGGGUGGCGCAACCAGCGCCGCGCGCCUUCUCGGUCUGGACCACCCACGGCGACACGCUACACACCUCUGCGCUGGCCCCGGCCGCCGUCAAGACUUCCAUGGCCGACUAUUUUGAACGCAUCGGCCUCCGCAUCCAGCGCGGCUGGAAGCCGAUCAAGGGCCGCUACGGUGCCCGGCGCAUUCGCGAGCAACUCGCGUUUGCUCUCAAGCUCCGUGGGUACCCGCUGCUCGCCGAGAUGCGCGCGUACAUGCUCCUCCGCUCGCCGCUCUCAACGCUCGGCCAGGUCGUCGGCACCGUUCCCGCCCCCGAGCUUCCGGCAUACUCUGUCACUGACGCACCGCCUUCGUACGCCGACAUUGCAUGGGAGAACGACGAGAAGAAGAGCGAGACCGAAGACUGGGACUCGGAGGACUCGGGCUUUGACUAG